GCCGCCACCUGCACAACGCCGCCAGUCGUUUCCCGCGCAGGGCGCAGCGUGUACGCAAAUCGCGUUCUCCAUAUCACGAGCGACGCAGCCGGACGCGAUUUCCGCUCGCGACGUUUUCCCGCGAUUUUUUAUCCUCCACGACUUCUCCGGCCCACUCGCAGCCCCGACAGCGAUAUCCCGCGAGCGCCUCUCCAUCCGCACGCACACAUCGGUCCGCCGCCACCGCGAUCCCGAACUCGCGUCACCCACCCGCCGCCGCGGUACAGGGUGAAAACCCCUGUGGACGGUGUUCGCGCCACCCGUCGCGAACACGCGAGACCGUAACCAACACCGGCGCGCGCGCACACCGCGUACCAUUCGUCGUGUUCGCGCCGCCGCCGUCAUGAACCUGUACCGUCGUCACGCGGCCCUACCGAACAGACGGAACGCGUCGUAGACACGCUGCCGCCACCGCCGCGGACGCACACACAGGCAUCAGUAGUACUUUAGCACCAACAUACCGGUAUUCAGUAGAUAAAGUAGCGCAGGGACACGGCCCGGGCUCGCAAGUAACAUUUCGACCGGUGGAAAGGCAACGCAAACGGCCCCAAAACGGAGCAGAUACGGAAAAUCAUGGGCUGCGUUCAGUCGCUGUUCAACCCGACAAAGUCACGAUCGCCGUCUCCGGAGAAGGAAUUCGUGCCACCCACAUUCGAGACGGUCGUGGUGACGAAGCAACCGAAGAAAUCGAAAUCCGCAAACGAUGACGAUGAUGCAGCCGAGGUGAACAGCAGAUGCGAUGAUUUUGAGAGACACGCUUUAGAAGACGGUGGUGACAACCAUUCGCUGCACUACGUGGAGGCCACGGCCGUGCGAACACUGGCGGCUAACACGGGCUCGGUAGCCAUACUAGGCACGACGGCCAAGUGCAAAUCGGUAGAUGGGUCGCCGGCCGGCCACCAGCCGCUAGCCGAGAGACAGCGUACUUGGUCACCAUCGGCCACAUCCACACCAGUCGCCUGUUCCAAAUCGCAGCCCCAGCUGGAGGUGCGCUACGUGGAGGCGACCGCGGUGAGGACGCUGGCCGCGGAUACUGGGUCCAUAGCGAUCCUGGGCACCACGGCCGACCCGAAGCCACAACCGCAAAAACCGCCGCCGACAGCCGAAAAGGACGCAGACGAAGGUUCGGUGCACUACGUGCAGGCUACUGCGGUGCGGCAUUUGGCCGCGGAGACGGGUUCCAUAGCCAUCUUGGCGUCCACUGUCGCGGUCGCAGCCGCCGGACAACAGGUGCCUAGCACCGGCGCAGAUUCCAACUUCAUACCGGUGGGUGUGCGCGAGAUGUUGGAUUCGGAACCGGGUUAUUUGCAGCAGCAGCAGCAGCCGGAAGAACAGCAGCAGCAACACGGCGACCGACAGGAAGAAGAUCGUGGUGAACGGUACGGAGAACAGCGAGAGGAACCGGGACAAGGCGAACUGGAACAGCAGCCGCUGAUACCGCUUCCCGUUAUACUGGCGAUGGAAAUGAAAACCAAUGCAGGACCCAAACAAAUGUUCGGAGCCGCGCAGUUGUCUUCGGUCGAGAAACCUCAGUACACGCCGAAGUGGAUGACCGUGGACGGCGGUGGUGACGUGGGCACCGAUUCGGUGUCGUCCAGAGGAUCGCUGAUCAGGCAAGCGAACAACACUAGUGAUCAAAUCGACAACGAGGACACCUCUCCAUCCGACGGAUGGAUGCCAAAAAUCCCGGUGUUCGCUAAAUGUCCGCCCGCCAAAUCCAAAAGCCUACCUUCUAGAGAUCCGACAGUAGCCGAUGCAUCAACGACCGUAGAAGACAAGGGUGAAAAACAACAUGGUGUUAUUCGUGGUUCUUCUUUGCCAUAUAAUGGCAUCAAAGUAGAACAGUUGGCGGUGAACACAGUGAAACGCAAAGAUAAAGAAGAAUUGAUUGACAUUAAAUUUGAUAAUCAUGAGAUCGAAUCGAACCCAAUGAAGUAUGAUGCAGCCGAGGCCAAUUUCGUCGAAUGGAACACAAACGAACACUUUGAGAUGGAAACGGACACAAUUGAUCCAGACGCAUACGAAUUAUAUGAUUGUAAUUCAAACAAAUAUAAUCCAACUGUGGUCGAACCAAACGAGGCUAAUGUAAGUGCGGUGGAAUCAAACACAGAUAAGCCAACUACUACGGUUGAACAAAACGAAACCGAGGCGAGCGCAGUCGAAUCGAACAACGUUAAGUCAAUCGCGGUCGAACAAGACGACGUUAAGCCGGGCGCUGUUGAGCAGGACAAGAUCGAACCAAACGGCGUUGUUGGAGCGCAAGCGGUCGGGUCGAACGCGAUCGAAUCGGACGUGAGCGCAUCGAAAAACAUGGUCGAGGCGGGCGCGACAAAGGAAUCGGAGAAACUCGUAAACGAUGAGAAGUCCGUGAGCGGCGAGAGCCCGGGGAACGACAACGCGGACGCCGAGUACCGUCUGACGAUGAUACAGAGCGUGCGGGAGGCCGUGAACCGGAUAUGCGAGCAGGCCGUGGAGAGGACGGCGGCCAUCGUGAACAGCGGACGCGGCCACGCGCGCGGCUUUAACGCUGGCGCGGCGGCGUCAACCGUGCGGGCCAAAAGAGACGCGGCUGACGAUUCGGAGGCGGCCGAUUACGCGAGCAGCGACUUCUCGCUGCCGCCGCCGCCGCCGCCGCCGCCGCAUCAGUCGACGGAUUCGGUGUUACAGACUUCAACAGGCCAAGAAUCAUCAUGGCCACCACCGCCUCCUCUCUCAGAAGCUGAUGAGGAAAGAACAAUUGCGCCUGGAUUUUCAUUUGACUUACCAGACCCCCCGACAGAAAUGGAUCAAAUGGAUUCAGAGACAGAUAAACUAGAUAUAUCCGACGAAGAAAUGAGAGCAACUGGUUUGCCGUCGGAUGAUGACGAUAUAACAGAUACUGGUGAAGCGGAAGCAGACGAGGACGCGGACAUCGUGGACAUGAAAUCAACGAGCGCCGCAAACGGGACGGUGGCGGACACCGCAAAGGCGGGCAACGACGACGGAGCCGCGGACCGCGCGGCGGACGGUGGGGCGGGCGACCGGGCGGCCACCACCAUACAGGCUGUGUACCGCGGGUUUCGUGCCCGCAAGUACGUGGAGACGGUGAACGCGGCGGCCGUCAAGAUCCAAGCCGGUUUCCGCGGGUACCGGGUGAGGCAGUCGCUGAAGAACGCGGCGCCGUCGACGACUACCACGACCACGGACGACAGUCAGUGCUGGUCGGACGACGACCAGAAGUCCGUGGUGUCGGUCACAUACGCGCCGCUCAAGGAGUCGGCCGCGGACGGACAACCAGUGCAGCAGGAACGCGAGCCGGGCGGCGACGACGACGACGAUGACGACGACGACGAUCCGCAGCUGCUUCAGUCGGGCGACGACGAGGUGUUCGAGAACGACGGCGGGGACGGAGACGGCAGUGGCCGGAUGGAAACGAACGCGACAUCGACAGAAGCGGAAGCCGUAGGGGUGACGUCCACUUCGGUGGUGCCGGUGGUGCAGGACGGUGGCGGCGACGUUGGCGGCGGUGGUGACGAUGACGACGUGGAAGCUCUGACGAAAGCUGCGAUCAAAAUACAGGCCAGGAUGCGUGGUUUUGCCACCAGGAAACGGUUGAACGACGAGAAGAACGGCGCGGAGGCCGUUGGCGGCGGCGGUGACGGCAGUAGUGGUAGUACCGUGGAAAAACAAUAAUCUUUACCGUUAUUGUGAAUCGCAAACGCAUUAUUAUUUCUAUUAUUAAUAUUAUUAUCAUUAUCGUCAUUACCGUUAUUAUUAUCAAAACGCUGUUAUAUACUUUCCGACGGAUUUAUCGCGAUCGUCGCCCAAUUUUCAUUUACCCAACCCUUUCUCGCCCCAUUGACAAAACUGUCAUCCUGUACAAUCGCUACCUCGUUCACCACCGCGUAACGUAAUGCGCACGAGUGCCGAACGAUUAUUGUCAACCGUUGUACAAUAGUGUGUAGAAAUCUCAUGUACGAUUUAAUAAUUUAUGUAAAUAGGUGACAGACACGAUGAUAUUAAUGUAAUAUUAUACGCGUACGAAUUAUUAUUGUCUAUAUAAUAUAUACUCUGUAUACAGUAACUUUGCAUUCACUCGCGGCCCGUCGCAAACAACGGUCUGCGACGGUAUCACACGUAGAUACAACAACAACAACAACAACAACUAUAAUAACAAUAAUGAACUGUAAUGUUUUUCGACGUUUCUCGGACAGUCUAGCCUAUAGAGUUAUGCGCAAUUUUUAUCGGUGUUCAAAACUGCCAAGAACAACGGUACUCACGAAUCGAAAUCAUUUCCGUAUUGCGAACCGAACCGUACGCGCAUUUAAUUACAAUGGAAAUACUGCUCACAAGUUUACAACAAACACUACUACAUACAUGUAUAGUUCUGUAUACCUAUGUUAAUUUAUUAACCCAACAAUGGGAAUACCUUUUAAAACACCAACUAAUGUCUGUCACCUGUAAUUUAAUUUUAAGAAUAUUUCCAUAUUUAAAUGUAUUACUCGUUAAGUUAAUAAUAAAUGUAACGUGUACACGUUGGCUGCGCAACAAAUUGAGGAAUUAAGUAAUAAAUCUUGAUUCGUAAUCACAAUAUGCUCAUUCUAUGCUAAUGAGUAUACUAUAAAUUAAUAUUAAAAAUAUUGGACGAUUCAGUGAAGAUAAAACAUUUUAUCUA